GUGGUUUCAAACGUGCAGAUCCCAUAGAGUCUAUUGAUUUGGUAGUUUCUUGACGUAUUGAUGUUUCUGCUAAAUAACGCCAAUACUGGCAUCCUGUGGCGGGUUUCAACUUGCAAGCGCCCUGUGUGAAUUGCCAUAGUGCGUUUUCCAUUAGUUUCAGUGGUAGUGUAGUUUAUGCGUAUUUACGGCUGGCUGUUCAUUUUUAAAAACGCAACGUAAAAACACAGCAAAAACGUCACGUCUGGCCUUGCCCUUAAACUGAAGGAAUGUGAACUUGAAACCGCAAUAAAGAGAAAAUGCAAGUAUAAAUAAUAAAAUAGGCCAAGCAGUUCUACUGAGGAUGAGACAGUAUAGGGGUUAUGUAAGAAAAGGUGUAACAUUUACUAUAGGUCUAUUUAGUUCUGACAACACUGGGGAUAACAAAAUACUGUAUAAAGAAAAGGCUACACAGCUGAGAUAUUAACACAGUAAGGGGGGUUUUGAUUCAAUCAGAAGUAGAACAAAAGUUUUGGCAUGACUUUUGAUAUUUUUUAAAGCUGUUCAUUAAUUUGAUUUUUACUCUGUUCUUUUUAAUAAGGUUCUACGCAGCAGAGAUGGUUUGUGGAUUACAAUUUCUUCAUUCCAGAGGAAUUGUUCAUCGUGAUAUUAAACUGGAAAACAUUCUGCUGGACCAAAAUGGACACAUUAAAAUUUGUGACUUUGGUCUGGUGGCUCACAACAUAUUCGGCAAUAGAACCACCAGAGGCCGAAUAGGAACCUACGGAUACAUGGCUCCGGAGGUUAUGCUUAUGAAGGAAUAUAAUGCAGCUGCAGAUUGGUGGUCACUUGGUGUCGUCAUCUACCGAAUGGCCAUAGGGAGAUCCCCAUUUUACAAUGGUCGAGUCCGGACAAUGGUGCAAGAGUCCACUGUCAGUGACGAGCCACAAUACCCUGAGUGGAUUAGUCCAGAACUGCAAGACCUACUGGAAAAGCAUUACAACCUUGGAGACUCAUAUGGGGGGGCUUCUUGGGAUUAG